CUUCGAAUCAAACAUCAAAACCAAAAUUAAAAAGAAUCCUAGUAUAUGUAUAGAACAAGCAUUGAGCAGGUUUGGUUGAAAACCCUAGGGAUUGAUUGCUUUUGAGGAGGAGAGAGCAGUGGAUCUCAAAUUUGGAGUCUGAUCCCUAAUUAACAAGAUAUGGAGGAACUUGUGAGCAAGUCAAUUGAUGAGGAAAUUGACAACAUAGAUCGUUGGUUAUCUUUGCCUGAAGAUGUCAUCCAUGGCAUUAUGUCUUUUCUUCCCACAAAAGAAAUUGUUAGAACCUGCGUCUUGUCGCACCGAUGGGAAUGGAUACAGGCUUCUUACCCGAAUUUGGAUUUCAAUCAAACAUGGUUUGGAGAGGAAUUAAUUUUUGGAAAAUUCGAAAGUGAUUAUUUACUUCAAAGAUAUCCUGAUAUAGAGGUAAAAAGGGACAAGUUCAUCAAAUUUGUUGAUGAUACUCUAUUAAGAUAUCAUGAACAAAACUUUAGGAUAAGGAAGUUCAAGCUUUACUUUACCCUAGUUGAUUCUGCCAUGGGUUCUCUUGUUGAUAGAUGGAUUGCGUUGGUUAUCAAAUGCAGAGUAGAAGGACUACAUAUCUGGAUCAUACCUCCCCGAUUAUGCAUUAUACACUUUACCCCAUACCAUCUUUUCCGCAAAUUCAAUACAGGCUUUGGAGUUGCAAAACGGUUGUAAGUUUGAACAGGCGUCACAUAGACAGAGUAUAAGAUUUGUUUCUCUGCGAAAGCUAUGUCUCAGACGUAUGCAUGUGGAUAUGCAAUUGGUGGAGAAUAUUAUCUCUAGUUGCCCUUUGAUUGAGGAAAUUGAACUUGAUCAGUGUUUGGGAUUGAAGAAGGUUCAGAUUUCUGGUCUUCAUAACCUCAAGAUAGUUCGUGUAGUCCAAGGCAAGGACGGAAUUGAGCUAGUUGACAUUGAAGCACCAAGUCUGUAUAGAUUGUCCUAUGAAACCUUCGCCACUAAGAUUUCACCCUGCAAGUUCAACUUGAUUGCCUGCCGGAAUUUGAAACAGUUCACUUUAUUAGAAGUUGUCAUUGCAGACCAGCAGUUUAAUGAUCUUAUUACUGAGUUUCCUCUCCUUGAGCGUUUGGUCGUGUUUGAUUGCAAUUUGUUGGAAAGGGUUAAGAUUCAAAAUCAAUGUCUAAAGGAUCUUCGUUUCAUACAUUGCAACAAACUAGAGGAGAUUGAAAUUGAUGCUCCUAAUUUACAUUCAUUCCACUAUUGUGGUAAUUUGAUUCCCUCGAUAGCGUCAAAAAGUGCUUCAGGACAAUGGAAAGCUGAUUUCAGAUUAUACCAGAAUAAUCGUCUGAACUCUCAAUGGUUCCAUAGGAUCAGAGAUUUCCUCACAAGAACAAAAUAUUUUAAAGCUUUGACCUUGGUAUUCUGUUGUUUUGAGAUUACAUUUAACAAGGAAGAGUUCAGCAACAUAUUGGUUCCUUCAAUUCCUGUGCUUGAGCACGUAGAGCUGUGUGUAGUAUCAUCUUCACUAUGUUAUUCUGCUCUUCUGGAUGAACUGCUGUGGAGUUGUCGCCCUAAAACUCUUUCCAUACACUUUGCGGAGUUGGUGUCCCCAAACAAAUUCAUUAAGGUCCUUCGCGAGAAGUUUGCGCACAAAUUUGAUUUGAAUUGUUGUGAUUUAAGCAGUGUCCGAUGUUGGCAGCAUGAUUUGAACGAUUUUGAGUGCUAUGACGGAGAUGGGAGGCCUCUUCCUUGGAAUGCUAUAUCAGAUGAAUGGACAAAUGUUGAGAAAAGCAGAAAAAUGCGCAUCACAUUCACAUGGUGACAUUAUUGACGCAGCAGAAAGCAAUAAAUAAAGAUGGCCCUAGGAGGAUUAAAGAUGAAAGGAUGCAUCAUCUCUGACUGAAAUUGGUGAAUCUAUUUAUUUGUGGAUUGUGCUGUCGGAAGGGGUUAAUUUUUAUUGGAUAUUUAUUAAUUUGAAUAUUUAAGACAAUGGUAGCUGCAUUUAUGUUUGCUUCUCCAUAAUACGAUUUUGUUUUCUUUUUUUUGAACAUUAGUGAAAGCCUAUCUUUUGCUGACUAGUGUAUAUUUAUGAUUUAUAAAUUCAAAAAUUUGAAAAUUAUGCA